AUGAGAACUUUCUUCUUCCAUUUCCCAAACCUGCAAAUCUUAACUCUCUACACCAUCAGCAACUCACCACUUUCUUCCUCGAUGUCGCUAUGCUCUUCCACAAGCCUUUUUUUCACUGGACGCUCUUUCACCAGCCACCGACCUCACCAACCUCGACUUUUCCCCGGUGCACCUGACCUUUCCACCUUGUACCUCUCGACUAACAAAGCAGUGGACAACGAUCAGGAACACAGCGACACGACGCAGCAGCAGCGGAGGGAGCACGAAUCGAUGACAUCAAAUUGGCAGUGGAAAUCGAAGAGGAGGGAGGUGGCGCGGCGGAAUCAGAGAUCCUAUGAUGAUUAA